CAGCAAAAUAUUCCCUUAAUUAUUUGGUGCUACUGUGGAUUUGUAUGUAUGUAUUGUGUUAGUUUAUGGGCGAGAGAGAGAGCGCAGAGAAGUGGCUGUGGCAGUCUUAUUUUCUCUAAACAAUCCUGAGAAAAUGAGAAAAAUUAAUAAUUUCCUGGAAACAUUCCAUUCGACGUUUACUUGUUGACCGGACUAGACUCUUCAGCGUGUGCAAAACAAGCGCAGAUCUUUCUACAACGGCACGACCAAUUGGUUCGCUGCUGACACACAUGCACCCAACCCAAUAAGGAGGAGCAACUACUGAUCAAAACCAACAAUUAUAAGGAAACUUGAAACGAUGGAAGGAGGUGAAAGAGAAGUUCCAAAUUACGAGCUACAGGUCUCCUUCACCACGCCACAAGCAAUCCAUGAGAUGGGAUUUGUACAAUUUGAAGAAAACCAGGUUUUGAGCUUUUUGGCUCCUUCACACUCACACCACUCUUCUCAUAUGUCUCAACCUCUUAAUACUUCAACUGCCAAUACCCAUAUGGGAUUCAGUACUCAUAACGAUCAGGUGGGAACAUCGGAUCCAAAGACUACUGUUGAAGAGAACUGCACUGGUAGUGCUAACGAUGGCAACAAUUCUUGGUGGAGGAGCUCAUCAUCUUCAGACAAAAGCAAGGUGAAAGUAAGGAGAAAACUUAGGGAACCAAGAUUCUGUUUUCAAACUAGAAGUGAUGUGGAUGUGCUUGAUGAUGGUUACAAAUGGAGAAAAUAUGGCCAGAAAGUAGUAAAAAAUAGCCUUCAUCCAAGAAGUUACUAUCGGUGUACACAUAAUAAUUGUCGAGUGAAGAAGAGAGUUGAACGAUUGUCUGAAGAUUGUCGAAUGGUGAUAACAACCUAUGAAGGUAGACACAACCACUCUCCAAGUGAUGACUCAAAUUCAUCUGAACAUGAAUGCUUUACCUCUUUCUAAUAGUUUAAUUAUUAGACAAGAAUUACAACGUUUGUAAUUUAACGUAAUGUAUGUAUCAGCUUGGGACAAUAUUUGUCUUUCUGAGUUUGUAAGUGGCUUUUUCUC